UUUUAUCUUAAGAAGUCCAUUACUUUCACACCAGUAUUAUUCUAGCAAAAUGAGCAGCUCAGAUGAAGGUGGCAGCAGUUGCAGCACGUCCCAGAAAAGAUUUAGAGGGAUUCGACGGCGGAAAUGGGGCAAAUGGGUGUCGGAAAUUCGAGUUCCCGGCACGCAAGACCGCCUUUGGCUAGGCUCUUAUGCAGCUCCGGAGGCUGCUGCGAUGGCACAUGACAUUGCAUACUAUUGUUUGCGGGAGAAUGCAUCAUUGGAUGAUUUCAACUUUCCUUUGAUGCUGCCUGCUGGAGUUCAAAGAGGAAUGUCGCCCAGGUCCGUCCAGAAGGCAGCCACGGAUGCUGGCAUGGCUGUAGAUGCACAAAUAAUAGCCAAGCGUCCGGCGGAUUCUCCCGUAAAAGUGGAGGAAAAUGUGGUGAAUUCUAGACCGGAGGAAAGGUUUUCGCCAUGCGGGAAUGAUGGUUUUUCAGACAUACCAUCGUGGGAAGGCAAAGAGUUCAGCAGAGAAUUAGGUGAUCAAGCUUUGAACAUUUCGGUUGACGAUUAUCUCUGAGUAAUAUUCUCUCAGGCUUAGAUAUAUUGCCAAAACCUGUUUUAUGCCCCCGAGAAAGGUAAUUCUUUGUUGAAAGUUACGCAAGGAGUUCAAGCUCUACGAUUGUAACAUGCAAUUCAAUGCUUUGUAUUCAAAAUCAAGCACGGGCAAUUAAUGAUUGGACUCAUUAUGACGUGCGUUUGACUCGAUACAGAAAAAAGGGAAAUGGUUUCUGCAGAAACUGAAACAAUUCCCUA